AUGACGUCAAAAUCUGAGCGGGCGUCCACCUACACCGCUGGGUCUGGUGACGCCGAUGCUCGCAAUGGCGAACCAAAGAGGAACCUGUGGACGUCGAUGCUUGAAUCAGUUGCAAGCGGCAAGCGCCUACCAGAAAAGAAUCUUCUGAUAUUGGGUGGCAGCACGGACGCGCAACGAGAGUUUCUUGAGUCGCUAUCGGCCAACGAGGAGGGUCGCAACCCGGAGCGGCGAAAGACGCCUCCAAUCGCCAACAACUUUGCGCUGGGCUACACGUAUUACGAUGUGCUGGACACGGAUCAAGACGAUACCCUCGCUCGUGUGUCGCUUUACCUCCUUUCGCAACCCUCAGGCGAAUUUGCGUCGCUAGUGUCGCCACUGCUUACACCGGAAACGAUACCAAACACUGCCUUGGUGAUACUGCUGGACUGGGCGCAGCCUCAUCUCUGGCUCAGACACAUCUGGAGCUGGAUCCAGGUACUGGAGGAGGUCAUGGGUCACACAUCCCCCGAGGCGCGCAGCGAGAUGGAAGAGACAAUGUCUUCCUGGAGAGAGCGCGGCCGUGGCGGCAGCUCAACAAACCUAGACGGUACUCCAUCAGCGACAGCAGCUGACAGCGACGGCUCUUUGCCUCUGGGACCUGGAGAAUGGUCUGAGCCCCUGGGGCUGCCUCUAUGCGUGGUCUGCCAAAAUGCCCAGAAAAUCGACUUUCUCGAAAGAAAUCAAGGCUGGAAGGAGCCGGAUUUCGACACGGUUCUUCAAUAUCUGAGGACCGUGCUGCUGCGCCAUGGUGGCUCACUAAUUUACACAAGCCAAAACACUCCAUCUCAACUACCCUCCCUUAUUCACUCUACGCUUGGCAUCACAUCCCUGCUCAAGCGCCAACCAUUGAAGCAUAAUGUUAUUGACAGAGACAAGAUUGUUGUACCACCAAACUGGGACUCUUGGGGCAAGAUCCGUGUGCUUGGUGGCAACUUUGACACAGAAGUGGCCUCCAAGGGCUGGUCCGAAGACAUCAAACUGCCCCUGGGUUCGACUCUGCAAAGCCUAGAAGCACUGGAGCAGGCCAGGGCUGAGGCUCCCGAGACUGGCAAGUACGUGCAAGACGACAGCGCCAUCGCGCGCUACGAGGACUGGUGCCGCGAUCCCAACAGCGGCGGCAUGGCCGUCGUCGAAAGCGCCAUGGGCGGUGGUACCGCGGUAGGCGUCGACAGCGAGGAUACGCAAGAGUUCCUGGAGAGGCAGCUCAAGAUUCUCGAAGCCUUCAAAUCCAAGGUCCCAGAAAAGGCUCCCGAUAACAAUGUCUCCACCGUCUCGCGACGGGGUGACUUUGCCGACGAGAAGACUGUCAGCGAGCAUAUUGGCCCCGUGCAAUUCAACAUGGGUGGUAUCCAGGUCGACGCCGACGAUAUGCUGCAAAGGCUCAAGGAUCGCAAUGCCAAUAAUGCUUCAGACGACGAAGACGCCGUGGAGGAGGAACAGGCGCCUGCUCCCAAUAUCACCAAGGAGUACGACAAUGAGCAGCUACACGACUUUUUCAGCGGCCUCAUGAACCGGACCGGCGGCGCAGCCGAGUCACCACGGUGA